UGAAACCUAUCCCAGAGUGCGUAGACGAUGGAUAAGUAUCGCGUGGAGAAGGUCAUCGCGAACGCGCUGUACGGCCAAGUGUUGCUGGCCCACGACCUCCACACUGGAGACCUUGUGGCCAUCAAGAAAAUGAACGUGGCUGCGGCAGCCGCGCACACUGUCGUGCGGGGGGACGGCACCUCUCACGUCCCGGAAGACAUUGAUAUGGAGAAGCAAGUCAACCGACUACUCAGCAACACCGGCAACGCCUCCAUGCAUCCCAACAUCCUGCGCAUGCGCACGGACUUUGUCCACGGCGACUACGACCACAUGGUGUUCGAGUACUGCGCCGGUGGGGACUUGUUCGGCGUACUGGACCAUGGCGCCUUGUCGUCGUCGGUGGCGAAGCGGUACUUCCAACAGAUUGCCAGCGCCGUGGCCCAUUUGCAUUCGAUUGGCGUUGCGCACCGCGACCUGUCCCUUGAAAACGUGCUGCUGGACGCCCAUGACACCUGCUACGUGUGCGAUUUCGGCCUCGCCACGUCGGUGAAGGUUUACUGCGACGACACCGUCGGUAAACACUUCUACAUGGCACCCGAAGUCGUCCGCGGUGGCCACUACGACCCGGCCCAAGCCGACAUAUGGUCGUUAGGCAUCAUGCUGUUCAUGCUUGUCACUGGCGCACCCAUGUGCAUGUCGGCCAGCGCCCGGGAUUCUCGGUUUAAAUACUACACAAAGCACGGCCUCGCGGACCUGCUGAAGUCGUGGAACAUGGCGGUGGAUGCACAGGCCAUGGACUUACUGGAAAAGAUGCUGCGUGUGAACCCCGCCGAGCGGGUCACCAUGCCGCAGGUGCUGUCCCAUGCCUACAUGGGAGGAGUGAAUCGAGUGACGGUGGCGGCCGUGGAGAAUGUGUCAAAAACCAAAUUGCAAGUCAAAGCCAAAGCGGCGUCAGUGCUCCAUCGACUUUUCAAACGCAAAGUAGCGGACGCUCAUCCCCUGCCAUAGAUGAUGUAUGCUUGGGAUGUGGUAGUCUAUUUAGUUAUUAAUUUAUGAAUCGAUGGACCUAGUGCGGUAAGCACGCCAAGGACGUACUCCGUA